UCUGAGAUAGGAAAUGUUAACUUAAUCUUGCAUAACAGUUUGGGAGUUGGGACCGUUCUCGGUACCUGGAAAGAUGAAGAGGUCGCCACUUGUGAUAGCCUUUGUCUUCAUUGUAUUGGCUGCCUCUGUUAGGGCAAGUUAUUACUCAAGGAAGACUUCUUACUCAAGAGAUGUUGUUCUAAGAUGUAAUAAGGAUAACAAAGCUGUUGAGAAAGUUAUGGAACUAGCUAGUGUUGAUGUUUGGGGUGUUCAUUCUGAUGGUCUUGAUAUUAAAAUGAGCAGGAAUAUUGCUAGAAUUGUACUUCAGUACUUGCCAGAAAGUUGUUUCGUCUUGGUGUCCAAUGUGGAAAAUCAUGUUAAAGAGGCAGAAGAAUAUUCGUUUAGCACAGAACAGAAAAUGAAAGCUUGGCGGAUUAAUAACGGCCUUGAUGUUGUUCUUCAAGAUAUUGAUGAUGUUAGCAGUACUGAUUGGCAUACUGCAUAUCACAACUAUGAGUCAAUUAUUGAGUGGUAUAAACACUUAGCAAAAAGUCAUCCUAGUUUGGCAAGGUACACUACUAUUGGUAAGACAGCAGAAAACCGGGACAUGAUAGCUGUGCAUAUCACAGCUUCAAAGAAUCCAGGACGAAACAAAAUGUACAUGCAGUGCCUCAUUCAUGCAAGGGAAUGGAUAUCAGGCUCUGUGUGUAUGUAUCAAGCUCAUAUGUUAGUACAAGGCUAUGGGAACGAUCGUGAGAUCACUGAUUUACUUAAUGAUAUGGAAUUUUUGAUUGUGCCCAUAGUAAAUCCUGAUGGCUACCAUUACACUUGGUCUCAUAGUCGUCUAUGGAGGAAGAAUCGAGCUGUGAAUUCUAAUUCAGAAUGCAGGGGAGUCGAUUUGAAUCGCAACUUUGAUGCAGGAUGGGGACAAGGAGGAAGAACAUCUGUUAAUGAGUGUGGUGAAACAUAUCAUGGAAAAAAAGCAGCAUCUGAAUUAGAAGUACAACACAUCAAGAAGUAUUUCAAGAAGAAUGUCCCCAUAGUAGCAGCUAUAGACUUUCAUUCAUAUGGACAACUUAUUUUAAGGCCUUAUGGUUACGCUAAACGUUCUGCUCAGGAUGAAAGUACAUUUGCUAAAAUGGGUAAUGAAAUGGCAAGGCAGAUGACAGCUGCGUACAUUUCUCAGAGGUCUAUUGAUUUAUAUCCAGCUUGUGGAAUUGCUUCUGACUGGUUCUAUAGUAAUGAAGUUAUAAGUGCUAACAAAGGCAAGAGGCCAGCAUCUUUUACAAUUGAACUGAGGGAUAAAGGCCCCUAUGGCUUUCUUCUCCCAAAAGAUCAAAUUAUGCCUACUGUUAAAGAAGUCAAGAAUGCGGUCAUUUAUUUGGCAAAGAGUGUUAGAGAUGCUCCUUUGGAGAAUAAAGAAAGUAGUGAUAGUGAUGAUUAUAAUAUUAUCAUGAACUAAAUCAGAAGUACAUUUAACAGUAAAUAAUAAUUAGCAGUACUAUUAUUAUCAGCAAAACAACUUCUUUAGUUGAUCAACAGUAAAGCCAUAUUUAUCUCUAAUAAAACCAAAAUUCAAA